AUGAAUGUGUCCCAAGAGAUGCGAAUAGUAGCAAUAGACUUGCGCAAGCGGAUUAUCGCCGCCAUCAGAGAUGCCGAUAACGCGGAAGAAGUCGAAGAAUUUUUCAAUGUGUCAAAAGACGAUUAUCAUUAUAUUUUAGAUGCUAUCGAUGAAGAUGAUGAUGAAGAUAAAGUAAUACGCAAACUCGUAUACGCUGAGGAACUCAAACUCCUUACCGCCACCCUGCCUAACCGACUUCAUCAAGCGUACCUUGCCCCGAUGAGCGCCACACUGCUCGGCGCCGUGGGGUCGAUAGGCAUCCCUUACCGAUUCGGGCAGAUCCGCAUUCAAACCGACAUUCAUCUUCUCAGCGCCGUUGGCCUCAAACUUGGAGUGCCGGACAUGUUGAUGGAGUACAAGGACCCGGACGGUGAUUGCAUCCCCCUCUGGGCCACUGAAAUCAGUGCCUCCCAGACGAAGAAAUCGGCGACAAGGAGACUCGGCGGCUUCAUGAAGGAUCGCGGGGAUCUCCUCGCCAUCACGUCCAUCGACGUGAAAGAAAAGAAGAAGCAUGUGGGGCCCCGGUCAGGGUCAGAGGCGGUUGAGGUCUUAGAGGAACACGGAUCAGUCUCAACGUUUUCGCAGUGGCUGUCGCACACGGCCCCCAACGACGAGGACCCUACCGUCAUGAAAACAUUCCGUCACGUCUGGCAGCAUCCUAUCACCGUGACGAUAACAACGUGGCUUCGCCGCCCGACGGCAGUUUCAGUAUUAAGGAGAAGAAUCCCGAUCUUUGCGCAACAGCGGACUUGUUUCCUGAGCGCUGUGAUCUUGAAGAAAUUGAUCACGUUUUUCGACGUUUCCAAGGAUGCCGCCUUCGAUCGUAUUCGUGCGUGGUCUCCUCCGGAACCGCUGAACGAUUGGGACCGUCUCGCCGAUGAGAUUAUCGUCGGCGCGAGGCAAACGGGAUACACGCGUUAUGCUGGCUGUCAUCAAAACAUCCUCAAGCGCAAAGCAGAAGCAGAUGAAGUGACCACCGGAGGUUCUGGAUCUACGAAGAGGACCAGGGCAGCUUAG